AAGGAGCGGGUGGGCGGGGCUCAUACGUCAAACAGUCCUCCGUCACGGGGGGCGGGCCUUCCCAGGGGAUUUAAUUCGGGCCAGUAAUUUUUUAUUGAGCGCCUCUUGUGAAUCAGACACUGAACGCACUAAGCGUUGAAGAAGCGGAUGAAUGAAGCCAGGGACAAGUCGUUCGGUGUGAAUCUAGUGUGGCCGUUGUCCUGGUUCCCCGCAGUCUUUCUUCUCCCACCCCAUGAAGCCCCACCGCAACUCCCCUGCAGGCAGCAUGCCCGGACCCUGUGGUACGACAGGCCCAAGUACGUGUUCAUGGAGUUUUGUGUUGAAGACAGCACCGAUGUCCAUGUGCUCAUCGAAGACCAUCGUAUUGUGUUCAGCUGCAAGAAUGCCGAUGGACUGGAGUUGUACAAUGAGAUUGAAUUCUAUGCUAAGGUGAACUCCAAGGACUCUCAGGAUAAGCGCUCUGGUCGCUCCAUUACUUGCUUUGUGAGGAAAUGGAAGGAGAAGGUGGCCUGGCCCCGACUCACCAAAGACGAUAUCAAGCCAGUGUGGUUGUCUGUGGACUUUGAUAACUGGAGGGACUGGGAAGGGGAUGAAGAGGUGGAGCUGGCUCAGGUGGAACAUUACGCAGAGCUUUUGAAGAAGGUCAACACCAAGAGACCUCCCCCUGGCAUGGAUGACCUGGAUGAUGAUUCUGACAGCGCUGAUGCAACAAGUAAUUGACUUCUGUACGGCAGAGCUGGGGAGGAAGCUGGGGCAUCUUCCAGUUGCUCUGAAAAGCUAGGGCCGGGGUCUUUGCCAGCUCUUCAGCUGUGGGAUCUCUGGGAUCUCUGAACCUUCCUAAAAGCUCUUUUUUUUUUUUUAAAUUUAUUUGAGAGAAAGAAAGCAUGCAUAUGAGCAGGGGGGAGGGGCAGAGGGAGGGAGAAUCUCAAGCAGACUCCCCGCUGAGCAUAGAGUCCAAGAUGGGGCUCCAUCCCAGGACCCUGAGAUCAUGACCUGAGCUGAAAUCAAGAGUUUAGGUCAUUUCACUGACUGAGCCACCCAGGUGCCCCUUUUUUGAAGCUCUUUUUCAGGGUCCUCUUCGUGUUUUAUUUGUUCUUCCCAGGCACCUGAGUAUGGCUGCAUCAGAUGGCAGGAUAGGAGAGGAGGAGACUGGCGGGGCUCUUGAAUUUCUACCAAUUGCCUGUAAUCUUUGUGUUUGGGCCAGUCAUCAGGGCUCCCUUGAGUAUUCGAGCAUGUGUAUAUAUGUGGUAGAGCAAAAGCCAAAGAAGCAGCAGAUAGAUUAUAAUAAACCUGCAAGAACUCU